UGAAAUAUCUCCAUACACAACCACACACCCACAAUGUUGCGACCAAGAUUACGCAUACCAAGGCCAGGCCGAUUAUGGCGCCCGGCAAUAUCCUCACGCCAGCUACACUCUGUUCCAUAUCUACACCAAUUCAAACCCGAGGAAGGAGUUCCAGGUUUAUUAUCACCAGGCGGUUUCGAUCUAGCAUGGACGCAAUACAUGAAUUUUGUUAUAGAAAAGCUCAACACAAUGAUUGCAGAGGACGACUUCGGACAACAAGACCCCUUAUCUAUCGUCAAAGCGACCGCCCGCGAGCCUUCACUGGCACACAUCUUCAACUAUGCCUCUAUGGCAUACAACAACCACUUCUUCUUCGAUAACCUCGCGAGAGUGGAACCAGGACCCAAUGAACCUACAGGAGAAGACAGGAUCCCGGAACAGCUGAGGCAGGAGAUCACUCGGCAGUUCAGCUCGGUGGAGACGCUGCGGCGCGAGUUCCUGUCGACGGCGGUGGGCAUGUUCGGGCCGGGCUUCGUCUGGCUCGUGAAGCCGGCGCAGUCGGAGCAGUUCAAGAUCCUGCCGACGUACCUGGCCGGGACGCCGUUCACGGCGGCGCACUGGCGGCGGCAGGGCGUCGACAUGAACACGCAGGGGCCGGCGGGGCGCGACGUCGUGGACGGCUGGCUCGGCCGCACGCAGGCCGGCGCCGGCGCGACCAACGUCGGCUCCCGCUUCGUCGACCACAAUAUGGUGGCGCCGGGGGGCAUCGACGUCAUCCCGCUGCUGUGCCUCAACACGUGGGAGCACGUGUGGCUGCGCGACUAUGGCAUCGGCGCCAAUAAUGUGGGUGGCAAGAGGCAGUUCGUCAAGAGCUGGUGGGACGUCAUCGAUUGGAAUAAGGUCGAGGAUCGCGCGAUCCCGAGCAGGAGGUUCAAGUCUUAGGUUAGGAGGCUUUUUACUAGGUGCCUACUAGACAGGUAGAUAUGUGGAAGGUACUAGGACUAGGUAUCUAGAAGGCUUACUACAUACUCGCUUGGUCCCGGUGUAUGAUAUGGGAUUCGACGCGAAAAUCCCUUGCAGAUAGCUACCUAUCUACCUACGUAGACAGACAGCUGGCUAGGCUGGAGAGGGCCAUGUGCUAUAUAAAUGAAAUGUGUAAAUGAUACAUGAUAGUAUGUGGUCUUGCAAUGAUGGGUGUUUGACUUUAGGCAAUGGGUAUGGAAAUUCUUGUUUCUAUUCUUGUCAUUCCAUCCAUGCCAAGUAGGUUGUCAAGUAAGGGAUAGCUCUUCAACUAACUUACAUCCAUAACCCGAGGCUUAGAUGGUUAUGUUAUACAUAUACGACUUAUAAUAGAACUUAUAAUAGUAUCACUCGCUACCAGGACCACGGAGAAGGGAAAGUAUUGAAGUGAAGUAGGUGUUUUAUUUUUU